UCUUCAGCCUUCAACUGCUUCCGCGCUUCUCGCGUGAGUCUUGGACUCGUUCUUGCUAGCUUGACGGCGCUGCCUAUCAUGGGCUUUAGGUCAACUUAUCAGCCCGUUUCUCGAGGACGCGUCUCAGUUGCUUGUACUUUGUCGCCUGUCCUUCGUCGGCUGUACCUCGUUGUAUGAUGCUACGUCGGACGUAUCUCCCUGGAGCUGUGUUUACCUGCGACACGAUAUGACCUGGCUGACACGACAUGACCAAACGUUAGAACGGUUAUGUCGUUAGUCCAAAAAGUGGGAUAACAGUUUGCCCCCAAUUGUGAAUUUGCGGAGUCACACAAAGCAAAAGAAACAAUUCAAAUUAAAAAACCGUCUUCAACUGCCUAGUUCGUGGGAUAAAACCGUUCAAAAUUCUAGAGUAAUAAAUACCAAUUCACGACAUGCAAUAAAGUUCUUCACACCAAGUUUUUCGAAAAAUUUCUAGAUCCGAAAGCAGGAGAGAGAAGAGGGAGAAAGCGAAGUCGAUUUUCGCACUGAGUUUGUUCGAUUUUCAGGUAAAAUUCGCUUUCUUUUUCGAUUUCCUUGUAGAUUUUUGUAAGUGAGAUGGGUAGAUCUAAGUCGGUUGUAGCGAGAGGAAAGGGGGAGUCGGGUUCCACUCGGGUUAAGUCCCUUAACCCGAUAUAUUCUACUGUGGUGGAUCCGGCGGCUUUUGUUGAACUUGCUGGUUUGCCGCCGUCGGCGGAAGUGAAGAUUCCCGGCUCGGAUGAGGAAGCCUUUGACUGUCCAGAGGGGUAUGUGGUUAUGUAUGAGUAUCCGUUCACAAUUGGCUUCAAAUUUCCUUUCACUCCUCUAGUUAGGUCCUUUAUCGAGGUUUUCCAUUUGAGUCCGGGUCAGUUGAUGCCCCAGAUAUGGCGGGUUUUCACGGUGGUGCAUGGAGUUACUGCGAACUGGCGUACGCCGUUUGACCUGUCUGAUUUGAUGUACUCUUACGACCUAGCACUGCAGAAGUGUUGUAGGUAUACCUUGGUUACGAAGAAGGGGAAGACGAACUUAGGUGUUGGUUUAGGUGUGAACGACAGGGGUUGGCAGAGUCGUUUUGUCUUUGUAGGCAAAGAUUCUCUGGGAGAUAAAGGGCGGUUUCUGGUCGAGGGAUGGACGAUGGAAGUUGUCAAGGGGUCGUCGUUGACUGAGUUGAACGCUGAUUCUGAGGAUAAGUAUCGGAAGUUCUUGGGUUAUUCUGUCGAGGAUAGGUCUUUCAGUCGCGACGGAGAGUUUUUAGACGAGCAGGAGGUGGACCGGUCAGGCGACGUCGCCGAGGAGGAGGAGAUAGACGAGGGAUCAGGUCAACUGACUCGUCGUCGGAAAAGGUUGGAUUUGCUUGAGGAGGUAGUGGCAAACUCGUCGUCCGCCGAAGGUGAAGUAGGUGAUAUGGCUGACAACUCAGAGCAUACUCUUUCGUCUCGGCCUGUGUCGAGGAUGUCUCAGAGCGAGAUUCAGGAGCGUGCAAGGAAGCGACUUAGGUCGUCCUCGACUUCUGGUGGACGGGGUAUGACGGUUGUACCUCGGUUUUCUGCGAUAGGUUCAUCGGCCGAGACGCCUGUCGUCAUAGGAGCCGAAGGCUUUCAUCCGAUUGCUUCGUCGUCGCCUCCACAGCCGUUCAAGGCGUCGUCUGCUGCUGUCGACGUUAGUAAAGUGUCUACUUCGUCGGCCAAGAAGCGACCUGUCGAGACGGAUCCUGUCGAGGAUACGAUUAUCACUUUGCCCCCAAGCUUCUUGGGUGAUGAAGAGGCGUCGGUUAUAUGGCCUUUCGCUGAUCGCUUGAUCUUGCCUACGACGUAUCGACGAUACCACGAGGUGGAUCCUCUUCCUGUCGCGUCGGACGCUGCUGAGCUUAGUCUGCGGGCGUCGCAGGCUGCCUUGGCUGUACGUAGGCAGUGUUCGUUGCUGUGCGACGAGGUGACGAAUGCAAGGCAGCUGACGGCGACGGCGAAGAAGGCGGCCGCAUCGUGGGAAGCGAAGUGGAAAGCUGCUGAGAAGAAGGUUGUGGAUCUUGCUGCGGUGAUUAAGGCCAAGGGUGAUCAAUUGAAAGGUAAGGAUAAGCAGUUAGCCGACGUGGCUAAAGAUCUGGAGAAAGUGAAGGAGGAGUUGACCUCGACGACAGAGGAAUUGGAUGGAUUGAGGAGCUUGUAUGACGCCCUGCAGGAGGAGGCGAAGGACGUCGAGGCUCUUGCUAUAUGGAGGACGCGGGCGCAGAUGAUGUAUUCCUGCCUGAUUGGGGAGACUAGCCUUUGGCCGUGUCAAAAGGAGGUGGAUGACUAUCUGGCUAAUGGCGGUACCAUGGCUGACCUGUCGGUGCCCGUGGUGGAUUCGGAGGAGUUGGCGAAGACGGCUGACACUGCUAGUACUGAGGCGACGGAGGUGGAUGCGGCUUUGUUGGUGGUGAGUGCGCCUGUUCCGGACCAAGAGGGGGAGGUUUUAGCUGUUGGGUGCGAAGAGGAGGCCCUUGCCGUCGUUUCUCAAGACGAGACGGUGGACGUGGCGUCGGUGGAGGUGCCAGUCGUGCCCCCAGAGCAAGAGCCGGAGCAGGAAGUCGUGGUCUCUACUCAGGAAGAAGGGAUGUAUUAG